CGCCCGCCACACCCGUGUCCACACCGGCGAGCGCAACCACAAGUGCCCCUUCCCCGGCUGCGAGACACGUUGCUCGCGCCAGGACAACCUCCAGCAGCACUAUCGCAUCCACCUCUCGCCUGGCUCCCGUCGUGUGUCGGGACGGGCGCUGAAGCUCAAGCGCGCGUCGCAGAUUGCGCAGCCUCCCAUGACCUCGCCACUCGUCCUCCAGCCUGCCACUACCCGUAGCCCGCCCCCACCCCCAAACACUCCGCCGCCGCUCGAGCAGGCCCCGCUCACGGCCCUUGUCGCAGAAUCGCCCGCUGCGUCCCCCUCGUCGGGCAUGCUCAGCGCGACCCGCGGCCACUCGUCCUCGCCCGAGGGGCCGUACCCGCCACAGUACAUGUCGGCCUCGACGUCGCCCGUGACGACGCCGUCCACAUACGGCUACCGCACUCCCGCCUACCCCACCUCGUCCUACGACUACUUUUCGGUGCCCGCUGCGCACCAUUCGUAUGUCACAUACGCCGAGAAUUGCGAUAGCCGGUACGAUGCGCGCCAAGCAUACGACCCGCGCCAGGUGUGCGAUGAUAGGAGCUGGGGCACAGGGGCUCGCGCGUCGUCGGGGUAUGACCGUGCGUCGUACACUGACGGCUCGUCGCGCCACUCCCUGUCGUAUAUUGCGCCGGCUUACAGGACAGCGGAGCCCCGCCGCGAGAUCCUUCCAUCGCUUGCGUCCUACUCCGGCGCGCCCUCGCCGACUUCGACGGACUCUGCGGGCUCGUCUCCUACCACCCCGGCCUUCCCCUACACCAACAACACUGCGCUCGUCGCGCAUGGCAUGCUCCCGACAGCGGAUGACUACGGCAAGGCUCCCGUAUCCGUUGAGCAGCAGAGCGUCUCCGACUAUCAAAAGGCCGCCGUCGCCGCUUACCCUGGAUAUGCCAUGUAUGACCAGCCAUCCCCGGCGUACGAGAAGCACUCGCAGACCUAUGAUCAGCGUUCUCCGGCUUACGACCAGGCUUCGCCUGCGUAUGAUCAGCCAUCUCCCACGUACGACAAGCCUGCGCCCGCAUACGACCAGCCGUCCCCUGCCUACGAGGAGCCCACGGCGUCUGGGGUCGCUGUACCCGAUACGCGCGCGGCCAUUGUGCUUCCGCCUCUGGAGGGCCGAGCGUACCAGCCGCGGUCGACGUCGGCCGCGUACACGCAGCGCAUCGAGUACAUGAACUCUGAUCGCGCGCAGUACGCCCCGUCGAUGGACAGGGGACUGCCGGGCAUGCUUCCUGCGAUGGACCGCGGGCUUCCGCCUCUUGAGCGCGGGAUGCCCGCCAUGGACCGCGCAUCGGCGUAUGAGUGUGGGAGAACUGGCUACUCCCACUCAUACGACAUGUCGUGGAAGACGGAGGGCUCGACGCGCGGGCGACUUGUUGGAGCGUACGCGCAGUGAGCGCCGCGUCCUGCUCAUCUCCCUGCUCUCCCCAUUGCCCUCCCAAAAUCCACUGAUCUCCCAAAAUACUUGUCAUUCUACUAUUCGUCAUCACCACUAUUAUCCGUCAGCCCGAUUAACUCACCCAUAUAAUCUCCCUCCGUCUCAUCAUAUUGUCCCGAC